AUGGAGCAUGGCAUUUCUGAUCAACAAGCACCCUCGCUAGCAGUGCUUAACGCUAGUCCGAGUGAAGCCAGCGGCGGUCCCACCUUGAUCCCAAUCUCCAGUUCCAUUGCGCCGCUUCGGAAGCAGCCAUUCAUGCAACUUCACCGAGCUCCUGGUAGUUUUGACUCGAAUUUGUGGCCAUGUUAUUAUGCGAUCAACUAA